GGUACCAUUACCAACAAACAACCUUUUCAAUCAUUCCGAUACCCAAUUCACUCAGCAUCUUAACUGAUAGCCGAGUCACCAUAAUUGGGAUUCCCCAUAUACGCGCAUACUUUAACUCCGAGAACGCGAAACCCAUCAACCCCAGAUUACCCCUCAAUACCAAAGCGGGACUCCCCUCUCCUUGCCCAAGAUGUCUAUUCCGAACGAAGCUCUGCAGAAGCUUCUGCGAGAAAUCGAAGCCCAGGCUAUCAGCUCCCAGCAACAGAUCGGGAUCACCAAGGCGCAGAUCACAACCAAGCAGCGAGACAUCCGCAUGUUGGAACUCACGUCGAAGGAGAUCAGCACUCUGCCCAAGGAUACAAGAGUGUAUGAGGGGGUAGGAAAGAUGUUCGUGGGAGUUCCCUUGAACACGAUCGAUAAGCGUCUGUCAAGCGAGAGCGGCGAUCUGAAAUCGGAGAUUACGGGCUUGGAGAAGAAGCUUCAUUACCUUGAGAUGACAAAUAAGAACAGCCGGGAGAAUUUGGAGCAGAUCCUCAAGUCCGGCGGCAAGGCGUGAGGGGCUGUCUCGUUGGCUGCUUGGAUAUGGAAGGAGGGUAAAUUGAACUGAUAAUUGAUGCCGUUAUGCUAGACAUACCUCCCUUUUCUGGAAACAGGGGAUGGAUGGGACGACAUCCUCGGAUAGCUGCACGGAGAACACACACCAGGAUGAAGGUCCGGGCGGUAGUCUCCGGAUGCUGCAUUGCAUUCUGCUGGUCCUUCCUAAAGUGGUACCGGGAAGGCCGCGCUGGCUACCGGUAGUCAUGGUAUGUUUGCUGCAUGCGCGGAGCGCUCAGCGCUCUCCGGGCUGGGACUUGGUGAUCUAUAGAGGUCUCUGACCUGUAUCACUAGCCAUAGUAUAUGCAAUACAGGGUUCUUCUUGCG